GCUACACGUGAUUUUUCCAUGUGGUUUCAAGCGCGAAGAAAACCAAGCGGGCAUGCGAUCGUACCCGGUGGUUACGUGUGGAGCUAGAAACUAAAAUAAUGCAAACGUUGAAUGUCACUGUUCGAUGAUGACUUUGAUGUGCAAACCGUAGCAAUGACACAACAUUCUUGACCAUGGGAACCGUAGAACGGCCGUCCUUCUUGAUUUCGUUGCUGGCAGGAGCUGCUGCAGGGACAACUGUCGACGUGAUCCUCUACCCUCUGGAUACUCUAAAAACUCGGCUUCAAAGUCAGCAGGGAUUUUGGAAAGCUGGCGGAUUCAGUAAAAUCUACUCGGGACUCGCAUCAGCUGCGUUGGGUUCUGCACCGUCCUCUGCCCUUUUCUUCUGCACUUAUGAGGGCAUGAAAAAGUUGCUGCACUCCAGGACACAUACCAUUCCUGACCCAGCCAUCCAUUGCAUUGCUGCAGCCUUUGGUGAAGUUGCUGCUUGCAUAGUCAGAGUGCCAGUGGACAUCGUCAAGCAACGUACACAAGCAAAUAGCAAACAGACAAGUUGGCAGACCUUCAGGACUGUUCUGUACACUGAGGGCGUAAGGGGCUUUUACCGAGGGUACUGUACAACUGUGGCAAGGGAGAUUCCAUUUGCUUUUAUACAGUAUCCACUGUGGGAAGUUUUUAAGCAUUCCUGGUCUCUGUACAGAGGAGAGUACUUGUUGCCGUGGCAGGCUGCUGUAUGUGGGGGAUUUGCAGGUGGUAUCGCCGCUGGUCUGACGACGCCUUUGGACGUUGCAAAGACAAGAAUCAUGUUGGCUGAUAAAUCUAGUCUCCUGGCUGAAGGGAACAUGUUUGAAGCUCUGAUGACAAUCUGGAGGGAACGAGGUAUUGCUGGGCUCUUCAGUGGUGUCAUGCCCCGUGUUAUGACCAUGGCACUGGGAGGAUUCAUAUUUCUCGGAGCAUACGAGGAAGCAAAGUACCUUCUCAACAUGCUGUGCCAUUCCUCGUCGCUCGGUGAUCAAGGUGCAAAUGCUUCCUCUGGGGAGGUGUGACACAGAAGUAAACUGUAGAUAGCUGCAGCUACAUUAGCUGCGUUUUAGGUCAUUUAUACAAAACUAGGCCGUUUCAUGAGCUGUACCAUCUCAUGUAUACAUGCAAAUAUAUAGUCAUGUGAACAAAUGAGCAAGGAUAGUAACUGGCUUUGCUUAUUUGUACUGCAGUUUUUUGUUCUUGUCUUGCAAGAGGUUGGCCCUAGGCUUGAAUGCUUAUCUCGAGCCACUUGGGAGUUUUAUGUAUCUGAAUGUUUAGGAUUAUAUUUCUGUGGCAGUAGUCACCUACUAUGACCCUGUAUAAUUCAUAUUUAUUGCAAGCUUACAGUUACAGGUUUUGUGUCAAUGGUUAUUGCUGCCUUGUACUUUUACGAACCGUUAUCGUACAGGUAGUUGAUGACUUGAACAUCAAUCCAAGCAGAAAUGCUACUUUCUUUCUUUGACGACACACGUUAUGUCCUCCUGCAUUGGUACCUGUAACAGCAGGAGCUUUCCGUAAGCGGCAAAUUGUUACGCAGCUGUGUCGAAAAUAAAGCAAGCACCAUACACAC